AUGCCCCUCUCGCUCCCUCAGCUCUUCUCCUUCUCCGCCUCAGCACCCCGCUACGCAGGCAUCUCCACCCCCUCAACCUUCUGCGACCGCUUUGUCGAGCCCGAGAAGGGCUCGAGCGAUGCGCGCGGGACGUUGGGCGAGGGAGGUGAGGGGGAGAAGGUGUUUGACUAUGUGAUUUGCGGAGGUGGAACGGCAGGAUGCGUCCUUGCUUCGCGUCUCUCCGAAGACCCAACCCUCCGCAUCCUGCUCAUCGAAGCCGGCGAAUCCGACCAGAAACUCCUCUUCUCUCGUAUCCCUGCUGGAUGGCCAAACCUGUUCAAAACCCCCGCCGACUACGCCCCUCACACCAUCCCCCAACCCGCGCUGCACAACCGCGCGCUCUACCAACCGCGAGGAAAGAUGCUCGGCGGGUGUUCGGCGAUGAACGCGCAGGCUGACGGAAAGGGACAGUGGGAGGGGAAAGGCGCGACGGGAUGGGGAUGGACGAACCUCGAGCCUUACUUCCGUAAAGCAGAGGGAUUCGUACCCGACGCUUCGCAGCCCGAAAUCGGUUCCGACCGCGGGACGGAGGGAGUGUGGAAGUCUCGCCACCCCGGAGAGGCGGCGACGAACGAGAUCACCAAGGCUUUCGUCGAGACGGGGCCCAAGGUCGGCGUCCCUCACAACGCGGACCUGAACCGCGCGACCAACACGAGCGGCAUCACCCGCUUCCAGGCGCACAUCGAUUCGCGCGGCCAACGCUCGUCCACUUCAGCCGCCUACCUCCCCUCAUCCGUCUACACCCGCCCAAACCUCUGCAUCCUCACUCGCACGACCGUCGAACGACUCGUCCUCUCCACCGACGGGGAAAAGUGCGUCGGAGUCGUGCUUGCGCAGGACAAGGACCCGAAGAAGGGAAGGUUCGUUGCGCGCGCAUCGAGGGACGUGAUCCUCUCUCUCGGAUCCUUCGGGACUCCUCAGCUCCUCCAAUGCUCUGGAAUCGGUUCGCGCGCGACGUUGGAGAAGGCAGGUGUCGAGUGCAAGGUGGAGAACGACGGAGUGGGAGAGGGAUUGAAGGAUCAUGUCCUUGCGGGGGUGUUCUUCGAGACGACGAAGGGGAGCAGUUGGGAGUGGGUCAAGGAUCCGGUCAAGACGCUCCCCUCCCUCAUCCGCUGGCUCACAACCGGCACAGGCCCGCUCUCCUCAAACAUGGCCGAAGCCGCCGCGUUCCUUCGCUCGUCGGACGUCUCGCCGGCGGGUGACGUUGUGGUCAAGCGGGCGAAGGAGGGAGAGAGGAGCGGAGCGGAUUUGGAGAUUAUCACGGCGCCGGUUUGGUACCUCAAUCACACCCUCACUCCUCCGCCCAAUACCUCUGGCGACUACUUCACGAUGGCCUCGACGGUCCUGCACCCUCAUUCGAGCGGGAGCGUCAGGAUCGGCAGCGGCAGCGUGUGGGACAUGCCGCUCAUUGAUCCGGGAUACUUGAAGGAUUCGAGGGACGUCGAGGUCCUCCUCGCCGGCCUCCGCCUGAUCCGCCGCAUGUCCAACACCGCCCCUCUCUCCUCGUACCUCCUCAAGCCCGCCUCGCCCUCGAUGACGCCCGAAGAGUUCGCAAACGCGACGGACGAGCAGUUGCUUGAGCAUGCGAGGGAGACGGCCGAGACGAUUUACCACCCGAUGGGGAGCUGCAAGAUUGGCCCGCGCGAGGAAGGAGGCGCGAUCGACCCCUCGCUCCGCGUCUACGGCCUCUCGAACGUCCGCGUCUGCGACGCCAGCGUCUUCCCCGACACCGUCAGUGGCCACCCCGUCGCGGCGGUGAUUGCGGUUGCCGAGAAGUUUGCGGACAUGCUCAAGGCCGAGGUGCUCGAGUCGAAGGGCGCGAGGCUCUAG